UGCACUACAACACAGUUCCUGCUCAAAGUCUUCAUCCUGUUUGUGUCAGCGAAAGAGCUGAAUGUCCCUUGAUCUUCUUAAAGCUACUGUAAAGACGUCUCGAGGACUGAUCCCCACGCUGUGUUUAGGCUAGUGUUCAUCUGCGCUUAUCUCUGAGGCGAUAGGGCUAGGAGGACCCCUAAAGGGCGGAGCGAUUUGGUCUGGAAGUAUGGAAACUGAAAUCAAGAAGUAGGCUAGAGUUUUCAAUACCGUUGCCUAUUUCUUUUUUCUUAACAGAAAAAAAUACCUCGUGCGUUUUUAAAAUGGAUGGAUGUGCUACCACAGUUUUCAGGAUAUAAUAUUGCAAUCGACGUAGGCCUACAGUCACACGCAAAUCUUAAGACAAUAGAUCUUAUUUAUUUAUUUAUUUUUUUAGCCCAUCUUAAAAAUUUAAAGCGAAAUCGAUACUAACGUAACUGUUUUAAUGUACUGAUUGCGCUAUAGUUUUUGUUGUAAGCGUAGGCUACUUUUAAUAAUCUGCUUCGUUUUUGUUUUGAAAAAAGCGGACGAGCAAGCUCGCUCUACUAAAUCAUGAGGAGAUUAUUCAUUGGAUAUGUCGGGAUAUGUGAAUAUGGUUUAUAAAUCUUUUUUCCUCUGUCUAUGGAUUUGGUUUUCAUACGGUGUGUUUGGUGAUACAGAUGUAAUGCAGUCAUUAUCAGUGAUGGAGGGCGAUUCUGUCACUCUAAACACUGACGUUAAUUUACAGAAAGAUGAUCAGAUACUGUGGAUGUUUAAAGUUAACAACUCAUUCACCCGUAUUGCUGAUAGACAGAAGAUCUAUAUAGGUAACAGAACGGUGACGUUCAGAAACAGACUGCAGAUGGACAGCCAGACUGGAUCUAUGACCAUCAGAAACAUCAGAACUGAACACUCUGGACUUUAUAAACUACAAAUCAUCCAAGAUGACGUUACAUACAAGAGUUUCAUUGUUGCUGUCUAUGCUCCUCUUCCCAUUCCUAUCAUCACCAGAGACGCUUCAAACUCUUCAUCAUCAUCAUCAUCUUCUGAACGCUCAUCAGUGCCCAGAUGUUCAUUGGUGUGUUCAGCUGUGAAUGUGGGUCAUGUGACUCUCUCCUGGUACAAAGGAAACAGUUUAUUGUCCAGCAUCAGUGUGUCUGAUCUCAGCAUCAGUCUCUCUCUACAUCUGGAGGUGGAAUAUCAGGAUAAAAACAGCUACAGCUGUGUGCUCAACAAUCCCAUCAGCAACCAGACUCAACAUCUGGACAUCACUCAACUCUGUCCCACAUCUACAGGACCCUUUCAGCAGUCACAGACAAUGGUAUUGUUAAUUAGUUUUGCGGUGGUGCUGGUCUUGGCAGUUGUGGGGGCGAUAUACUUCAACUGCAGGAGACGCAAACCAGCAGGAUCAGAAGGCAAGUAUUACCCUUUCCAUCGAAUAAAAUGAGCAUUCUGGGACAAAAUCGAGAUCUCAAAAUAUGUUUUUGAACACCAUUGCAGACUUAUUUGAACAAUGUGAUAUUAUCAUUAAAACAGUCCAGACUUGUGAGGAAGAGGUGCUUUAUGCUGAAACAACAUUUUGUGCAAUCGGUGUUCACAGUACGGUAAGACACUGUACUGCAGUGUACAGUGAAUCUGCAUAAACUACAGAUGUGGAGAGAAACACAUGCGCUUGAACACGUGACAAAGCAGUGACUGUGCCAUCCUGUGCUGCUGUCAGUGUUUCUUCUUAUUUGUCUGCGCAUGAUGUGACCUUUCAAGCUAUUUAUACCACUCUUUUUAGCUUAAUGUCUGUUUAUGCUUGUUCUUUUUCUGCUAGGCUUCAAUUGCACAUGGUACUGUCCCUAAGGCACAGUGCAAUAUCAGAUAACUUGAGAAACACGUUAUACCAAAAACACCUUCUCAUUUCUCAGAGCUAGUAUAGGGUUUAGGAAGGGUGUAGUUUUUCGGCAAAGUUUUGUAGUUAUCGGCAAAGGAUCUUGAGACGGGUAUCAAACUCGGGUCGCGUGAGAGCGGUUGUGCUCUAUGUCUGUGUACUAUCGUCGCCGACGUAGGUUGUAAAUUUAAUGAAUACCAUUAUGCUUCUGAAAAGCCACCGGCAUCUGUGACAGACACACAGUCAGUGAUCAAAUCACAAAAGCAUUCGUUAUAAAGCCUGCCGAUUCAAAAGCAUCUGAAUGAAAUGCAGGAAAGCAGUGCUGGAACCUCCAGUUGACUUUUUGCAGCUUUGCCAGUGAUUAACACCGAACAGACGAAAAUGAAAGUGUUUUCAAAAUGCCCAAAAAGCCCCCAAAUACCUUUCAAAAGCCAAAAGAAUUGCUCUGUUUGAAGUCUUCACUUUUUGUGGUGAAAUUGUGCAUGUACAUCUUGCCAGUAUUUAAGAAAGUUAUUUAAAAAGAUUGAAUAAAACAUCAUGCUUUUGCUAUCAUGCCCCGUGCUUGUAAUUGUCUUUUUAUUCAACUGCUGACCAGUUUAUAGUUAAGUAUUACAAGCACAUUACCAGACUGUUGGUAUAUACAGUACAGACCAAAAGUUUGGAAACAUUACUAUUU